CGUGUCCUUAGCCCUGCGCGUCUCAGGCUGGCCGCGCACCUCGUCGAGCCUCGAGCAGCAGGGCCCCACUCCCCCGAGUGCGCGCAGCCCCGGUCUGAACGAAAGCGGAAAUGAAGCAUUCUCGACGCCUCGCGCGCAUGCCCAGCACCGCAAGGACUGCCCUGGUGGUUCCUGUUCGCGGAGCAUAUUAAGGUACCCGGCAGCCCUCGGCCGGGUGCUAGCCCUCGCAGCCUGCUCGUCUGCCACCUGCACGCUGACUUGCUAACUAAUCGUCCCGCGCCCUCCGGCCUACGUCAACAGCCUGACGCAGCCUCUGUCCUACGGCGCCCGCCGCCAGCUCCCGCCGUCACUCUGUCUUCAGCUCUGCACUGGCUUGCUAUUGUUCCUCUGUGCGACGCUGCACCCAAUGCCUGAUGCUGUAAUGUUUAAUCCCCGACCGGCUAUCUGCUGAGACACUGCGCUACGCGACGCUCCCCCGCCAGCCGCCCGCCGUUUCCAUGUGGUCCAAAACGAAGACCGGCGGCAAGGCGGGCUUCGACAAGGUCUACACCUGGGUCGACAAGCUCGGCGCGCCUGUCAAUCGCCUCUCCAACAAGGUCGGCUCCGAGGCCUUCUGGCCGACCACGCUCGACAUCGAGUCCGACAAGGCCGCGCGCAUCCUGAAGAGCUUCUGCAAGGAUGGCUUCUACCAGGAAGAGGACCGCCCCACCGGGCCCCAGGGCCCCAAAGCGAAGCAGAAAGUGCUCAAGAAGAUCCCUUCGACCGUGAUCAAGAACGCAAAGGGCUUGUGCAUCUUCACCACCAUGCGCACCGGCCUGUGGGUCUCGGGCAGCGGCGGCGCGGGUGUGCUGGUCGCUCGCAAGGAUGACGGCACCUGGUCGCCGCCGUCGGGCAUCAUGAUGCACACCGUCGGCGUGGGCUUCCUCGUUGGCGUUGACAUCUACGACUGCGUCAUCGUCAUAAACUCGGACAAGGCCCUGCAGGCGUUCCAAUCCGUGCGCUGCACCCUGGGCGGAGAAAUCAGCGCAGUCGCGGGGCCUGCCGGUGUCGGCGGCAUCAUCGACACCGAGGUCCACAAGCGCCAGUCGCCGCUGUUCACAUACAUCAAGUCGCGCGGCUUCUACGCCGGCCUGCAGCUGGACGGCACCAUCGUCAUCGAGCGCACCGACGAGAACGAGCGCUUCUACGGCGAGCGCAUCGGCGUCAAGGACAUCCUAGCCGGCAAGGCCCGCCAUCCGCCGUACGAGAUCAAGCGCCUCAUGGAGACACUCAAGUCCGCACAGGGCGACACGGACGUCGAUGAGUCGCUCAUCCCAGACGAAGCGUCGCCGGCCGACUUCGAGGUAACAGCGCCCACAUCAGCAGAGGACCCGACAUUCGGCAUACCCGCCGAGCAUGACCCAGACCCCUUCGGCCUGCUCGCGCUGCAGUCAGCCGGGCUCGAGAUCCGCGAGGCUGGCACACACGAGCCCGCCACGAGCGAGCAGUUCGAGUUCAAACCCAGCCCCACGAGCCCCAUCUACUCGACCUUCAGAAAGAGCACGGACCGAUCCAGCAUCGCUGCGAGUCUGGCGCCCAGCAGGCGCUCCAGCUGGCGCAGCAGCACACUGAGCAGCGUCCUGGGCGGCUCGCGGCCGCGCAGCAACUACGCCGACUCGAGCACACAGACCAGCUACGCCGACUCGAGCACGCAGACGGAUUUGGACGAGGAAAAAGAAACGGACAAGGAAAAGGAAAAGAAGAAAACCACGCCCAUUACGCCUCCUUUCAAGACACCUGGCCCGCCGCUGCCGCCACGCACCUCCCCGCGCCCAACCGACAUGCGCACGCCCUCUCCCCCCCUCGCCGACAUCCCCGAGACAAGCGUCCAGGAAGCCACACCCCUGCGCACCAUCGCGGCCGAGCCUAUCUCACCCGAGCGCACCGCGCCCGCCCUCGGCAGCCCACUUCAAACGCCCGAGAAACCAUCCACCCCUCCGCCCGUCAUAACCACCACCGCCGCGCCCCUCUCCCCGACCUCGGACUGCGACUCCGACUCCGACUCCGACGAAGAACCCAUCGUCAUCCACGAAGUCCACACCACCCCCGCCCCGCAGCACAUCAACCGCGCCCGCAUCGUCCAGGUCGCGAAGCCCGUCGCGCCCAUGCUGCCCCCGCGCAACCCGUUCCGGAAUAGCAGGAACAGGAACUCCGCGGCGAGCGCGGCGAGCGGGGGCGAGACGUCGCCUGAGCGAACGUCGCCCGAGAGGAUGUCGUCUGAGAGGAUGUCGUCUGAGCGGACCGAGAAGAGUCUGAGGAGCACGCCCAGUCUGGAGCGCCGGGGGAGCAGCGCGAGUAGUCUGGACAGCGUGGAGGGCGCGGGGUUGGCGCAUGUGGCGGCGCGGUUGUCGCCGAAGGGCGAGAAGGAGGAGAAGAAGGCGGUGGACAGCGAGAAGGAGGUUGUGAUGGACGCCGAGAAGCAGGUUGUGGUCGACGCUGAGAAGGAGGUCGUUCCCACGCGCCCCGACUCGCCGGCCAAGAACAUCCCUGGUGCUUUCUAGGCGGGGCAUGGCUCUUUGAUCCCGCGCCAUGCCGCGGGCGGAAGCACCGUCUGGGUGGUUCGCUGGCACUGUCUAUAUCGCCACUGUUGUCCUUGUCUUCUCCCUACUCAGCCCAUUCUCUACCCCCCACACCCCCCCUCGCCUCCAAGGCCCCUCUACAUCUCCAUCUCCCCCUCCCUCCCUCCCUCACCCCCCCUCACAUACCGCCCUCCCCUUCCCUUCUCAGCGCCUGCCUACCAUAGCACGAGCGCAGCGUUUGUACAUACCCAUACCCCCUUUUCACUAGUCACUACUCGCGGAUCUACGUUUGUGCAGAUAGCAGAUAGCAGAUUAAUCGGAUAAUCGGAUAACGAAGAAAUGAAUUGCAUUCUACUGCCACA